AUGGGAUGUCAGACCAAAGGUAACCUAACCUUCAGCUAUUAUGAACGUAUCGUGACGGUGUCGUAUCGUGGCGGUCGUGGCGGUCGUGUCGGUGGUGUCGGUCGUGUCGGUCGUGUCGGUCGUGUCGGUCGUGUCGGUCGUGUCGGUCGUGUCGGUCGUGUCGGUCGUGUCGGUCGUGUCGGUCGUGUCGGUCGUGUCGGUCGCAUCGGUCGUGUCGGUCGUGUCGGUCGUGUCGGUCGUGUCGGUCGUGUCGGUCGUGUCGGUCGUGUCGGUCGUGUCGGUCGUGUCGGUCGUGUCGAUCGUGUCGGUCGCCUCGGUUUCGGUCGUCGUAUCAGUCGCAUCUGUCGUGUCGGUCUUGUUGGUCGUAAUGGUCGUGUCGGUUUAUCGGUGGGAUUGUGA